CGAUAUAAAAAAACAUGUGGCAGCCUUUGGCUGCAGAUGUAAGCUUGGCAUCCCACAUCACUAAAUCGUUAGAUUAUUUGUUUUGUUUUGAUCAAGUUAAAAUACGCAAUAUGUUUCUCAACCACGGUAGUAUAACUAAUCAAGAAUGUCUUUGCAAGCCGGAGACUGUCAGCGAUUUGCAAUUGCUGGGAAAAGAUGUUGUCACGAAUUAUGGAACCAUGACCACCAGAAAGUGUCUCGGCGUCAAAUGCCAGGAGCCUGUCAAAGUUAAAACUUUUAUCAACCACGGAACUCUGGUGGUGCAUAAAUGCACAUGUAACUCAGAGUUGAUAAGUAUUACCGACCUGGUAAACUACGGAGUUAUUGUUAACUGUCUGACGAAGUGCGUCCCGAAAGAUCAGUCCAUAAAUGAUCUGCCCAUUGAACAUGUACUUCAAGAUGAAUUAAAAGUACAGAUUAAAAAUCAUCAAAAGUCCCCGUCAAGCUCCAAGGCCCGCGACCUAAAACAGGCGGUGACAUCUGAAACAAAACAGUCGCCACUGGCAGUGAAUUACUAUACACAAAAAGUAAAAAGUGAGGAAAACUUGUUAGUGCCAAUGAAAAGGAGCUUCGCGGACACUCCAUCAUCUUCGAAUGAACCAACACAAACAUCCAAGGAGAUGCCCACUGAAAUGUGUCGUCGGUGCUAUCGGCGCUAUGUGAAUAUUAUGAAAAAUCCGGAACUACGAACAGUAAAUCCCGAAGAUAGACAUAGGAGUAGAAACGUCCGAUGCUUGGAAUGCUGGGCCUGCUUUAAAACCAAAAAGUCUCUCGAACAGCACGUAAAGACGUGCCAUCUUAUAGAUAAACCCUAUAAAUGCAAAGGUUGUCCAUAUAAAGCGGCCGAAAUAACGUCCUUGAACGCACAUCACGGAUCUUGCUACUUAAGGAAUACAGCCGAACAUAUCUCCGCCGAAUGUUCAUCUAGAAAUCAUCAGAAGGGUGAGGAUGGGAAUUAAAGAAUAUAGGAAUUUUGUAAAACAUUGUUAAUUUCAUAAGUGGUAUCACUGUUUUUUUCAUGCUUAAAUAUUCUCUAAUAUUCAUUUGUAAUCUAAAAAAGUUUUAUGAACGCAGAAGUACUAAUUUUUAUUUCCAUUCAUAAGGUUGAACUUUAAAAAACAAUUCUGAGUUUAAUGGUUUGUUGAAUCAAUUGAAAGUCUUAAGUUCAGUUAAGUAUGCUACGAAAAAAUUUUAUAAAUGGCUUCAAGCUAAGAAGCUUACUUAAGUUAAGUUUGUUAAUAAAAUUAAGUUUAUUUUAGUUUGCGUUAAUAUACCAUUAUAUGUUUUUUGCUAAAAAUAGGUGUCACACCCAUGCAGCCAUGCAUAAUGAAAGUUUUUGUUUAACAAUUAAUUCUUUAAAAACUUUUUCGCCCAGUAAAAAUAAAUAAUCUCUAAUGUGAUUUGAGAAAAGUGAA